AUGGCCAACCCACCGCCUCCUCCACUUCUACAAGACUAUGACCACCCCGAUGCAUUCCAACUUCGGAGUGGCAUACUUCUUCCCACCACCAAUGCAAACAACUAUGAGUUCUCUCCUCAACUCAUAAGGAUGAUCCAAAGUGAACAGUUCGGGGGGAGUGCAAAUGAGUGCCCUCUAGCUCAUUUAGACAACUUCCUUGAGUUGUGCACUACCAUCAAGCAAAACAACCUCACGGAGGAAUUCAUUUGGAUGCAUAUGUUUUGGUUCUCUCUUAAGGACAAGGCUAAGUGUUGGUUGAGGUCCGUGAAAGAAGGAUCCUUAACAACAUGGGAAGAGGUUACCAAAGCAUUUCUUGGGAAGUUUUGUCCGCCCGAAAAGACCGCGGAAUUGAGAAGGAAGAUUACAAGCUUCACUCAAGAGGAUGAUGAAACCUUAGGUGAAGCAUGGGAAAGAUUCAAGGAUCUAAAGAGGAAGUGUCCACACCAUGGGUUGCCUUUAUGGAUGAUUAUUCAAAGCUUCUACGACGGUCUCACUCCUACCUCAAGGGCCAAUCUUGACAACGGAGCCGGUGGUAGUCUUAAAAAGCUACCGGUGGAAGAAGCCGAGAAUAUGAUUGAAGAAGUUGCAAGGCAUUACGCCUAUAGAUAUGAUAGAAGAGAAAGUCAACCGAAGAAGAAAGGUAUGCAUGAGUUGAGUGCAAUAGAUCUCAUUGCCUCAAAGUUUGAUAUGCUAGCUCACAAGCUAGACCAAGCAACCUCCUCAAGCGGUACCUCCUCUUCACAACCACAACCACAAGUCAUGUCUUGUGAGACUUGUGGGGGUAAUGAUCACAUGGCUUCAUAUUGCAAUGCUACUAAUGAGCAAGUUGCGGCCGUGAACCAAAGAAAUGAGCAACCUUUCAAUCAAGAUCUCUUGUCCAACAAAAGUAGGCUUGAAGAGAGUGCAACCAUCUCCCUUCCAAUGGAGGUGAGCGCAAUCAUUCAAAACAACCUUCCCCGAAAGCUUGGUGACCCGGGUAGCUAUGCAAAUCCGGUGAAGAUUGGAGAUAUGGAAGCCAUGGAUGCUCUUUGUGAUCUUGGGGCAAGUGUAAGCUUGAUGCCCUUCUCAAUUGCGAAAAAUUUAAAAGUUGGUGAGAUGAAGCCAACAAGAAUCUCAAUACAAUUAGCCGAUCGUUCGGUUAGGUUACCAAUGGGAAUACUUGAAGAUGUACCGGUACAAGUGGGAAGAGUUUUUGUACCUUGUAACUUUGUGGUGAUGGAAAUGGAGGAGGACAACAAGGUUCCUCUCAUUUUGGGAAGGCCGUUCUUGAACACGGCGGGAGUGGUAAUUGAUAUGAAACAAGGCAAGCUAACAUUGAAUGUGGGAGAUGAGAAAAUUUCUUUCUCAUUCUCGCAAGCCAUGAGGAAGCCUAUGUAUGAGGAUAUCAAUAGAAUCGAUACUCUUGACCGAGAAGUGGAGGAAUUGAAGAUGAUGAACAAUAGCAAAGAUACUCUACAAGCGAUCCUCACGGAAAGUUUGUACAAUGAUGAUGAUGAAGCUAAGGGGUACAAGUUGUUGCUAGACCAACCCCUACAUGGCAAGGCAAGGGAGUUUGAAGCACUUAAGGUGGAGACUUAUCCCGUUAUUGUCAAUACCAACCUUGAUGACACUUCCCUUGAGAAACUCCUAGUUGUGUUGAGGGAGUAUAGGAGUGUCAUUGGGUAUGCCAUUGAUGACAUUAAGGGGAUAAGUCCCACGAUAUGCAUGCACAAGAUUUUGCUUGAUAAUGAUCAUGACUCCUCAAUUGAGCACCAAAGAAGGCUCAACCCCAACAUGAAAGAAGUUGUUAAAAAAGAGGUUUUGAAACUUCAUGAAGCGGGCAUAAUCUACCCUAUCUCCGAUAGCAAGUGGUUUAGCCCGGUUCAAGUUGUUCCAAAAAAAGGGGGCAUGACCAUUAUCAAGAACGAUAAGGGUGAGACCAUUUCUACAAGGUCGGUCACCGGGUGGAGAAUGUGCAUAGACUAUCGAAAAUUGAACAUAUCCACUCGGAAGGACCACUUCCCUCUCCCCUUUAUCGAUCAAAUCUUGGAAAGGUUGGCAUCACAUAGUCACUAUUGCUUCUUGGAUGGGUAUUCGGGAUUCCUCCAAAUCCCUAUCCUACCCGAGGAUCAAGAGAAGACUACAUUCACAUGCCCUUUUGGCACCUUUGCUUAUCGAAGGAUGCCAUUUGGAUUAUGUAAUGCACCUUCUACAUUUCAAAGGUGUAUGAUGUCUAUCUUUUCCGACAUGCUUGAAUCAUCAAUCGAGGUAUUUAUGGAUGACUUUUCUGUUUGCGGUUCAUCUUUUGACACUUGCCUAAGUAAUUUGAUUAAAGUGUUAAAAAGAUGUCAAGAGGUGAACCUUGUUCUUAAUUGGGAAAAAUGUCAUUUCAUGGUUGAAGAGGGUAUUGUGUUGGGACAUGUUGUUUCUAGUAGGGGCAUUGAGGUUGAUCGUGCCAAAAUUGAGGUUAUUGAGCGCCUCCCUCCCCCCACUAAUGUGAACGGUAUAAGGAGUUUUCUUGGACACGCGGGUUUUUACCGCCGGUUCAUUAAAGAUUUUUCCAAAAUCGCUAAGCCGCCCACUCAAUUGUUGGUAAAGGAUGCCCCUUUUGUGUUUUCUAAUGAUUGUUUGCUAGCCUUUGAUAGGUUGAAGGAAGCUUUGAUCACGGCUCCCAUCAUUCAACCACCGAAUUGGGAGCUCCCUUUUGAACUCAUGUGUGAUGCUUCGGACUAUGCCGUUGGAUCUGUGCUUGGGCAAAGGAAGGAUAAAAAGCUCCAUGCCAUCUAUUACACUAGCAAAACUCUUGAUGAAGCACAAAGAAACUACACAACGACUGAAAAAGAGCUCCUAGCCAUCGUCCAUGCUAUCGAAAAGUUUAGGUCUUACUUGGUGGGCUCCAAAGUUAUAGUCUUCACCGACCAUGCGGCUUUGAAGUACUUGCUGUCCAAGAAGGACGCUAAACCAAGGUUGAUUAGGUGGGUCUUGCUCUUACAAGACUACGAUAUAGAAAUUCGGGACAAGAAGGGUGCCGAGAAUGUAGUAGCCGAUCAUCUCUCACGGCUACCGAUCGUAGAAGGUGAAAUUGAAGCUUUUCCAAUUGAUGAUUCAUUCCCGGAUGAUCAAUUAUUCGCAAUCAUUCAAGCCCCGGCCCCAUGGUUUGCGGAUAUUGCAAAUUACUUGGCUUGCUCCAUCCUUCCUCCCGACCUCACCUAUCAACAAAAGCGGAAGUUCCUCCAUGAUGUCCGCCAAUACUUUUGGGAUGACCCCUUGCUCUUCAAACAAGGUGUUGAUGGUCUUUUUAGAAGGUGUGUCCCCGACGAUGAAAUUCAUGAAGUUAUCACAAUGUGUCACUCCUCACCUUGUGGAGUACAUAUGAGUGCUAACAAGACAUUGGCGAGAAUAUUGCAAUGCGGUUUCUAUUGGCCCUCUAUGUUCAAGGACGUGUGGGGAGUUGUUAAAGCUUGUGACCGGUGUCAAAGGACCGCGAGAGUUAACCAAGCUUUUGGGUGGCCUGUUUCUGGAACUAUGGGGCCUAAGGAUAGGCAACCCCGUAACUAUAUGGCGGGUGAAUUUUGGAGAAAAAUCACAGGGCUGUUUGGGUAUAACCCUAGAACUGAUAAGGCCACAGCCAUUAUUCACCCUGCCUUUAGGAUCGCCCAGCGUACCAUAGCGAACACAGUUUUUGCUAGGGGAGACAGUUCAGGGGUCGUGUCUACUCGAGAGCUUUACUUUCUAUGGCAUCUGAGUGAGGGUAGUACAAGUUUAAAUGUGGGGUCUUGGUUUAUGGACCACCUAGAAGAUGUUGCCACAGGAUCAGGCAACAUCACCAUAGGUGGUAUGAUUACUAUAAUUGCUGCUGCUCUUAACCUUGAUUUUGCAGAAGAGCAGGUUGUUCCAGGUCUAACACAGUUGGAUAUGCAGUCGCUGAGAGCCAUGAAAUGGCUCACGGAUGUAGAGGGGAACCACCCCUAUUUGUGGUUGCUUGACCACUUGUUUGAGGGUGGUAAGCCAAUGACACCUUGUGCCUCACUCCGUAUUUUUCAAGGAGAGCCUUGA